AUACGUAUGUGUGUGUGUGUGUGAUUUCCGUGUUCAAUAGGGGUUUUUAGAUGGAGUGAGUUGUGCGAUUACUAGGUAUUUUUCCUAACUAAUUGUGAAGUACCCAUUGGCUUUGGCAAGUUUGGAGUUGGAAUUGAUCAUGACUGAGAGAGGAAUUCCAUAGUGAGACUUGAGACCACUGACUUAUUAGAUGGGAAAUAACUGCAUUGGAUCAAAACUUUUCAUUCCCCAUAAUAAACAGGAGAUAAAAAGUAUUGAAGCGUCUUCAGGAGAUAAAAGGCCAGAUGAUCUUCAUCCUGUUGAAACCAACCCCCCAGAAUUAGAGGAGAUCGUUAAAGAAGAAAAAAAGUCAGCAGAAACAGUAAGACCGGAACCAGUGAUGAAAGGGAAGGAAGAUGCUAUACCAGCACAACCCACAGGACCGGAACAAAUGACGAAUGGGAAGGAAGGAACCGUACCGGCACAACCAGCUAGACCAGAGGUGGGGAAGAAACUAAAGGAAGAGCUUAAACCGGGACAAGCAAUGAGACAAAGAAAGGCGCACAAUGUCAAGAGGAUGUCAUGCGCGGGGCUGAUGACAGAGUCUGUGUUGAGAACCAAAACUGGUAAUCUCAGGGAGUACUACAAUUUAGGGGCAAAAGUUGGCCAGGGGCAGUUUGGAACUACAUUUAUUUGCGUUGAGAAAGGAACAGAAAAGGAAUAUGCUUGCAAAUCCAUGGUGAAAAGGAAGUUGCUGACUGAGGGUGACGUGGAUGAUGUGAGGAGGGAAAUUGAGAUCAUGCAUCAUUUGUCAGGCCACCCCAAUGUCAUCUCAAUCAAAGGGGCUUAUGAGGAUGCCAUGGCAGUUCAUGUCGUGAUGGAACUGUGUAAGGGGGGCGAGCUGUUUGAUAGGAUUGUCAAGAUAGGGCAUUACACAGAGAGGAAGGCAGCUGAACUCGCUAAGACUAUUGUUAGGGUCGUAGAAACCUGCCAUUCGCUGGGAGUAAUGCAUCGGGACCUUAAGCCCGAAAAUUUUCUUUUUGUUGAUGAGCAAGAGGAUUCAGCACUCAAGAUGAUAGAUUUUGGAUUAUCAUCUUUCUUCAGGCCAGGGGAAAUUUACACUGAGGUUGUUGGGAGCUCAUACUAUAUUGCACCUGAAGUUCUGAACAAGCAGUAUGGUCCAAAAGCAGAUGUUUGGAGUGCUGGCGUGAUAAUUUACAUACUCUUAAGCGGGGAUCCUCCAUUUUGGGCUGAAACUCAGCAGGGUAUAUUUGACGAGAUUUUGCGUGCUGAUCUUGAUUUCUCAUCUGACCCAUGGCCUAGUAUCUCUGAAAGUGCAAAAGAUUUAAUCAGGAAAAUUCUUGUUAGAGAUCCCCAAAAGCGGCUAACAGCACAUGAAGUCCUAUGCCAUCCUUGGGUUCAGGAUGAAGGAGUGGCUCCUGACAAGCCUCUUGACCCUGCAGUCUUAACUCGCUUGACACAGUUUUCUGCCAUGAACAAGCUGAAGAAAAUGGCAUUUCGAGUCAUUGCAGGGUGUUUAUCUGAAGAAGAAAUAGCUGGAUUAAAAGAAAUGUUCCAAAUGCUUGAUGCAGACGACAGUGGUCAAAUUACAUUUGAUGAACUCAAGGCUGGACUAAAAAAGUAUGGUACCAAUCUUAAGGAGUCCGAGAUAUAUGAUCUAAUGCGUGCUGCAGAUGUUGAUAAUAAUGGCACCAUCGAUUAUGGGGAGUUUAUAGCUGCCACAUUGCAUCUUAACAAAAUUGAGAGGGAAGAUCGUCUCUUUGCUGCUUUCUCAUAUUUUGACAAAGAUGGGAGUGGUUAUAUCACGCAAGACGAAAUUCAACAAGCUUGUGAGGAGUUUGGAAUAGAGGAUGCUCGCUUGGAGGAAAUGAUGCAAGAAGUUGAUGAAAACAAAGAUGGCCGCAUAGAUUACAGGGAGUUUGUGGCCAUGAUGCAAAAUGGAAAUGCUGAUCCUGGGAAGCAUCGUCUGCCAAAUAGCUUGAGCAGUCGAUAUAGGGAGGCACUACCUGUUUGCUGACAAACGAUUCAAUUCUUUUCUUUCUCUCUUCUCUCUGGUGCUGGGGUGGGGGCGUUUUUUGUCAUGAUCUUGCAUCAUUGGAUGCAUCUGGAGCAGGUUUAAUUUUUUUUGGAUCAUUGGCUUCUGCUGAUUAAGCUAUACACCAACUUUUCCUUUUUGGUACUUACAGUCUGUGGAGCAACAGACCAUUGUGUUUGCCCCUCUGUUUUGGUGUUGUAGAUUGAUGUCCUUGUAAAGUUCAUUUCUUGUGCGGUAUAAAGCCAAAACUAUAGCCCAUUUUAAUCUCCAACAUGGUACAGUAAAGGCUUGAAACGUUAUGGUUAUUGUUGUUGUUGUAAUUGGUAGUUUUGGGGAUCCAAUUUUAUUGGGGUGGGCCCAGCACUCUAA